AUGGCUAGUUUGUCUGCUUACAAAACCAAAACACAUUCAUCGAUUUCUUUCGAACAUUAUACAAAUUGUCGAUUGACAUCAAAGUAUCAUUAUCCACUUAUUUCUUACCGGACCUGUUUACCCAAUAUUGAUCUAUUAAAUAUCGAGCAUUAUACUCCCGCGAACAGUCAAUACUUUCGACUUCUAACAAAAGAUUUUCGUUUACAUAUUAUUUAUUCAUACGAAAAUGAAACAUUCGAAUAUCAAUUUGGACAUUUCAAUUUAUCUUUACCCUACUCAGCUAGUUUCGAUUAUCAGUUUCAAACAGCGAUCGAUUAUUACCAUGAGAUAGAUACAUGGCACUAUGUGAACGUCACAUUCGACGAUUAUCUCUCGAAAGUAUUGAUAUCAUUUGGUGGCGAUGAAACGCGUUUGAUACCGUUAAUUGAUUAUCCAGUUAAAAAUUCGACGAGCAAAUUGAAUGUUGAUGUACUUGUCGACGACCAACAAACGAAUGUCACAUGUUUGUUACCUUACUCAGGUUUUGAGAUGAAUACCAAGUCUUGUUUGAUAAACAUUAAAACUUGUGAACUUCGAACAUGUACAUCAACAAAUAGUGCAGAACAGUAUUGUCCACUUUUUAAAAUAUUUGAUUGUCGACCAUUUACGGAUUUGGAAUGCGGAUUGAAAACAAUACCUGUUCGUUGUCUACAAAAUCAUUGUCAAAAUCGAGGUGUUUGCUAUGUUGACUUAUUACGUAAUCUAACUCAGUGUGUUUGUCCAUCUGGUUUUGCUGGUAAUCAAUGUCAAUAUCCGAUUGACGAAUGUCAAUCCAGUCCCUGUCCGAAACAUAGUCAUUGUAUUGAUUUACCAAAUAGUUAUACAUGUGUUUGCGAUCCAGGAUGGACGGGUAUUGAUUGUUCGGAAGAUAUCGAUGAAUGUAAAACGAUACAACCCUGUAAGGCAGCACGUGCUUGUGUUAAUCUUCCGGGUACAUACAAAUGUGAUUGUUUUGAUAAUUUCGGUGGACAAAAUUGUGAAAUGACACUUGAUCCAUGUUUAUCUCAACCUUGUUUAAACAACGCGAUCAAAUGUCAUCCGAUUCUCGAAAGUGAUAAUGUCGUGUUUCGAUGUACAUGCCAAACGGGUUUCACUGGUCAUCGAUGUGAAACGAAUAUUAAUGAUUGUGAAGGUAUUGUCUGUGCGAAGAAUAAUACGCAUUGUGUCGAUGGAUUAAAUUCAUUUGAUUGUCAAUGUAAAACAAAUUUUAAACGAAAUCCGGAUGGUUCUUGCACUGAACAGAAUUCUUGCUUUUCGUCACCUUGCCAUUCGAAUGCCACUUGCUACAAUCUCAUCGGUGGACAAUAUCGUUGCAUGUGUCCGCCAACGUAUACAGGUAUUCAUUGUACAGAAGAUAUCGAUGAAUGUACAGUUUUUCCAUCGAUAUGUCGGAAUGGCGGAACAUGCGUUAAUGAAAUUGGUUCGUAUCGAUGCUAUUGUCCAGCUGGUUGGACUGGACCAACAUGUGCGAAAGCAAUUGAUUACUGUCUUUCACAACCUUGUAACCGAAAUGGAACAUGCAUUAACAAAAUCAAUAGUUUUGAAUGUCGAUGUCUAUCAACUUAUACUGGCGAUGUAUGUCAGUAUGAUAUUGAUGAAUGCGUUGUCAAUCCAUGUAUGAAUAAUGGAACAUGUCACAACUAUCUUGGCGGAUUUCAUUGUCAAUGUUCGAUGGGCUAUUUCGGUGAUCGAUGUCAAUAUUCGCCAAUGGAUUGUCUACGGUUUAAACACGCGAAUUCAUCGAUUAAAUGUGUAGAUCCUCAAUUGUGUGUUGUGAAUGAUACGAAAAAACUCGAUGAAUUGAAGCAACUAUCCACAAAUACAUGUAAAAACGAACGAGAUCAACAGCUCGAUGCGUAUUUUACAUGUGUCAAUGAACAACCAGCAGACAGAUGUAAUUGCCCAACAAAUCUCAUCUCUUGUCCUGACAAACAAAUGCAAUCGAAAUCUUGCGAAUGUCAAAAUAAUGGCACUUGUUUCUGGUUCAAUUCUACCAAUUAUCGUUGCUAUUGUCCAUCGGGUUUGACUGGUCCUGAUUGCCUUACCGACAUCGAUCUUUGUUCCAGUCAGCCAUGCUAUAACAAUGGCACAUGUCAUUCGCAAUUGAAUACAUUCACUUGUCAAUGUCCUCCUUAUGCGCAAGGCACCUAUUGUCAAGAAUUAAUUGAUCCAUGUGACAGCAAUCCUUGUUUGAAUACUGGUCAAUGUCAGCGCCGAAAUCAUUCUUAUGAGUGUAAUUGCACAUCGACUUAUACAGGUACUCAUUGUGAGAUCUAUCGAACACCAUGUCUAUCUCAACCAUGUCAACAUUUCGGCAAAUGUUUUGAUUAUAAUCAUACUUUCGAAUGUCAAUGUCCGUUCAAUUAUCAAGGCAAAUUUUGUGAACAACCGAUCGAUUUAUGUCAAACAACAUCGAACACCAGUCUUUGUUUGAAUGGUGGCACGUGUCAGAUAACAAAUCAUACGAUACAAUGUUUAUGUCUACCUGGUUUUUCUGGUCUUUUCUGCGAAGUUAACAUCGAUGAAUGUUACACGAAACCUUGUUCGCCACAUGGUGAAUGCAUUGAUUUGAUCAAUGGUUAUCAAUGUCAAUGUGAAUCGAGUUGGUUUGGCUAUAACUGUGAUCGUCAACAGAAAGAAUUAAGCAAAUCAUUGAUAUCUCGUUUGAGUCUUUCGUCCGUUUUUCACUUACGUAAUACAUCAAUUAACAUAUCAAAAGUGUUACCAUAUCGUUCAUCAUUAUUACCCAUUCGUAUUCAAUAUGAAUUUCGUACAACCUUGAAACAGAUCUCACUUCUUGCCAUUGGUCAACGUUUUCAACAGGAACUAAUUCAAAAUCGUAUUGUUACUCAUCUUGACAAGAAACUUAUGUUGUCAACAUUUAUCGAUCAUCCCGAUCAAUGGAAUAUGAUCAUUAUCGAAGUUUUUCCUCUCUGGAUCGAUGUACGCAUCGGAAAAAACUCCAUGUCACAACGAUUUUACGUACCACAUCCUUCAUUAGAGAUAGAACUACAAAAAGAAAUCGUUUUCGGAUAUCGAAAUUAUUCGGGCUGUGUUCGUCAAAUUGAAAUAUCGUACAGUCAAGCAUAUUCCAUUGUUUUAAACGAUCAACUGGUCGAAACGAAUGACAGACUGAAUGUUGGCUGUGAAAAAACGAAUGCUUGUCGUGCAGGUAUGUGUCGAAAGAAUGAAUUAUGUCAUGAUCAUUGGUUUUACCACACAUGCGAAUGUCAAUCUCCAUUCUUCGGUACACAAUGUGAUCAAAUUGCACCGAUUGUAUUAUUCAAUCAAUCAAGUUUCGUCGAUGUGUGUCUGUCGAAAUCGAUUUCGAAUAUCUCAUUUUUCUUCAAUACUCUGCAACCGAAUGGAACACUAUUCGAGUUGAUUUCUUCGGCAAACUCUAUACGAAUAGUUCGAGAUUUAUCGAACAGAGCGAGAAUUCUCGGAUCGUUAGUAAACGGUCGUUUUCGAUUGACUGUCGUUGAUCAUGAACCGAAAUUUCAAGAAUACGAAUUACGCAACGAACAAAAACUGAAUGAUGGUCGACCACAUCAAAUACAACUCGAUUUAAAUAAUAAUCGUUUGAUCAUCGAUGGCAUUUAUAACGAAUCAUUAAUAAAAUUGAAUAACAGAAUCGUCCCGAAUCAAUUUCAAUUGAAUCCCGAUCGAAUUCUAAGUGGUUGGCUGCAAGAUGUAAGAAUUAACAAUCAACUUCUCUCACUCAAUAAUCCUAAUCAAUCAACAAAAGAUAUUAACAUGACCAUCGCUAACAUGAAACCAUUGACGAGUAAUCCUUGUUAUCCGAAUAAUCCAUGUCAAAAUCAAGGAACUUGUCUUGUAACAAAUUCACAACAUUACAUAUGUCAAUGUGAAAACAAUUGGUUCGGACAAAACUGCUCACAAAUUAAUCUCUGUAAUUAUAAUAACAGUAGUCUUUGUCCGGAUGGAUUUCGCUGUCAAACAACGAACGAGAAACAACAAUGUUUAGCUGUUGGAACAUUCGAAGGCAGCUCAAGUCGACUGAAAGGUCUAUGGAAUUACAGUACAAGUUUAUCAUCGAAUGAAUUAGCUUUUCGUCUUCGUGCACAUUCACAAUCAGCACAUUUAUUAACAAUCAAGAAUCUCUUUAAUUUGAAUUAUUUCUCAUUGUAUUUAUCAGCAAACCAAUUAGUCUAUCGCUAUUCGAAUUUAACUGAUGAUUUAGUUAUUCAAUUAGACAACCAAACUUUUCAACAGUGGACAACAUUUCACUUGCAAUGGCUGGAAAACUCCACAUUGGUUUUCAAUCAUACGUUUACAUAUGCAUUGAAUUUGACUGAUAACGAUCAGAUCUUUGUAUUAAAUGAUCCGAUUGAGAUAACAAUUGGUAAUGGCUUUCGUGGCUGUUUAGAGUAUGUCUUAAUAGAUACUGAUCUUUACGUUCCAUUCUAUCAGGACUUAAACAAUGAUAAUUUGACUUAUAUCAAUGAAAUUCAAAUCGAACAACUUGAAAACGUACAAAUUAAUAACUGUUCAUUUGAAAAUGUGUGUGAACAUGUUCUUUGUCAUAAUGGACAAUGUAUCAGUGAUUUCGAUCGUGGUAAAUGUCGGUGUAAUCACGGGUGGGAAGGUGAUUUUUGUGAAAAAAAUAUCGACGAAUGUCUCCAAGGAAAUAACUGUUCGGUUGAACAUAGUGUUUGUAUCGACCAACCUGAUGGCUACUAUACCUGUCAAUGUCAGCAAGGCUUUACUGGAAAAUAUUGUGAGACCAAUAUCGACGAAUGUGCAUCAUCGCCAUGUGCUAAUAAUGGUUCGUGCACGGAUUUAAUCAAUGGUUAUGUUUGUAAUUGUACAGAUAAUUACAUUGGUUCCAAUUGUUCAGUGUCGCUUGAUGAGACAUGUUUUGGUCAAGUGAAACCUUGUGAAAAUACAGGCACGUGCGUAGUAGAAACAACAAGUCUUUAUGUCGACAAUCCUCAAACAGCAUGUCGAUGUCCAAAUGGAUAUGACGGACCACGGUGUGAAAAUGAUUUGUGUUUGAAAUUGAAAUGUCAAAAUAAUGGUACAUGUCAGCGAUUACCCAAUGGACAAGCUAAAUGUCUAUGUACUGAACAAUGGUUUGGAAGUGCAUGUCAAGAUGAUGUCGAUGAAUGUCUAAAUCGAACAACAAUUUUAUGCUACAAUAAUGGUAUAUGUUCAAAUGAACGAGGUGGUUAUUCAUGUCGUUGUCUGGAAAAUUACUUGGGUAGUCGAUGUGAACGGGAACAUGUAUGUUUACAGCAUUCACCGUGUCUUAAUCAAGGAUUGUGUAAACCGCACGGCGAAGAGUAUUAUUGCGAAUGUUCAUCGAGUUUUAUGGGUGACCAUUGCGAAUAUCCAACGUGUGAAUCUGCGCCUUGUCUUAACAAUGGAACAUGCAUAUUUGAUAGCGAACGAGGGUUUCGUUGCAACUGUACAGAUACAGGAUUCACAGAUGAGAAAUGCACGACAGAAAUAGACGAAUGUCAAAGUAAUCCAUGUCGAAAUAAUGGUAGCUGUAUCGAUCAAAUCAAUGGGUACAUAUGCGCUUGUCCAAGAGCAUUUGGUGGACAUCAAUGCGAGAAUAAGAAAUUUCUUGCUCUACUGGGCUUUUCGUACCAUUAUGUCAUAUGGCCUGGUGUUGCCGUGCUAUUACUAUUGACAAUCAUCUUAUUGUCAGUUGUUAUCAGUCGUAUACGUGAAAGUCGUCGAUCACGUGGUACCUAUCGGCCAGCAUUAAAUGAAAAUGGUCAGACUUCGCGUGUAGAAUUCAGUAUGAUUUUAAAGCCACCACCGGAAGAACGAUUGAUAUAA